UUGAGAAAGUCGUCACAAAACAUUGUGAAAACAUUGUGAUAAUUUCGCCAAAUUCUGACUCUGAAAUGCACCUUAGGUGAUAGAAUGGCCUGUCUUGCCCAGCUUAAGCAAGAUAUCAAACAUAUAGAAACGACUUUUCCUAAAACCCAUGAGCGAUUUCGGAUCAUGGGUGCAUCUGUUGACGAAAUCUCGUGUCGAUUUGUCGGAAAGAAUGGUGAAAAGCUGGACCUCAAUGCUCACAUCACAGAAACAUAUCCACAUACAGCACCAAUUUGGUGUGCAGAAAGUGAGGAUCCGUCAGGAUCAUUGACAGCGGCCAUAGAACAGAUGUGUGAUACUGAAGAAGACGGAUAUUUUCUUAUACAGCAGAUCAAGAUAUUGCUGUCAGCACUGUGUCAAAUGCAUGAUGUGCCACUUCCAGAGGAAAUGAAGGUGUUAGAUUUAGGUGGCGUGAGUAAUGACAAUGAAGAUAUGAGCAGUGAAUCAUCAGAAGAGGAGAUGGAAGACCAAGAUGAUGUGGAAGAUGACCUCCAUUAUGAGAUGAUGGAGGAUGCUGGUGAGCACAAAGCCAAAGAGGAAUUUGAUGGUAUUGAAAAUGAUGACCUAGUCACGUUACAAAAACUCAAGCAGAUUCAGAGGCAAGAUUAUUUAAAGGGAUCUGUGUCUGGAUCUGUACCAGCCACUGAUAGAUUAAUGAAAGAAUUACGAGAAAUAUAUCGGUCAGAUAGCUACAAAAAUGGCAUCUAUUCAGUGGAACUAGUCAACGAUAGUCUUUAUGAGUGGAAUGUUAAGUUAUUGAAGGUUGAUCCGGACAGUCCCCUACAUAAUGACCUUGUUGCGUACAAAAAGAAGGAGGGAAAGGAUUAUAUAUUACUCAAUUUUACGUAUAGAGAUUCCUUUCCGUAUGAGCCUCCAUUUGUUCGUGUAAUCCAUCCUGUUAUAACUGGAGGUUAUGUACUUAACGGUGGUGCUAUCUGUAUGGAACUACUUACGAAACAGGGCUGGAGUAGUGCCUACAGUCUAGAGUCGGUCAUUUUUCAAAUAUCUGCAACUAUAGUAAAGGGAAAAGCCCGAAUAAAAUUUGAUGCUCCCAAGAGUCAAUACAGCCUUGCAAAAGCCCAACAGUCAUUUAAAUCACUAGUACAAAUUCACGAGAAAAAUGGUUGGUUUACACCGCCAAAAGAAGAUGGUUGAGACACCAUGGAUUGCGUAAUCAUUGUGUUGAUACGGACAACUUUCUCAUGGAUCUAAAUAUUUUAAGCGAGGAAAUAAUGAUUAUGAUACACGAGACAUCAUAAAGCAGAAUUGUGUUCAGUGUUGCCUAGACAACCGAGAUAAAGAUCCAUGGUAUAUCUGGAUAUAUUAUGCAAUGUGUUGUUCCCUUGUGGAAUUGGAGACGCUAUUUUCUUUAGCUGGGUUUCUACGUAGAUCAUGGACAACAAUCUCGCUUUUCUGAGCGAAUAUCGAGAUAAAAACGCAUUCCUCUGUCUGGCAGUAAAGCAGUAGAGCACUCAUUUUGGCGGCACCCUUUGGGUUAGUGGUGCCAUCUUUUUUUGUUUUGGCUUAGAAAGAAGGACAUUUUUUAUACCUUCCAACAUGUCUAAGAAUCAUCAUGUCAUUGUGAUUAGUUUUAAACGCUAAAAACCUUUGGGAAAAUUCCAUGUUUAUGGUGGCAGUGGGUCCUGAAAAGAUUAAAAAGUGCCUACUGGGUGUCACCCGCCAAUGAAAGGGUCUCCUGGCUUUAUUUCAUUGUGCUGUUCAAAUAGCUUUGAGAGCUUUACUAUUGAGCUGAAGGUCUUUUGAAUCUGAAGGGCAGGUUUCAAGCAUGGACUCCAGUUGUAAAUAUAUUUAGUUAUUGAGACCUGCUUUUCUAGACCUUCGAUUUUGUAAAUUAAUCUAGAUUUAUGUCUGGCAUGUAAUCUCAGUUGUUGAUAUUCAAGGUGUAUGUGCUGAAUUCUCCCUUCCCCUACCCAGGCGUGUGCAUUCUGUCAAGUUUGCACUGUCAGAUUUUCCACCACAUUUGCAUGCUGAAGACUUCCCAGACUUGGAGCCGAGAAUGCCCUGGAUAUCGCCCAGUCGAGCCUUUAGGAAAAAAGGGUGCAUUACAAGAAAAAACACCAGAAAUGUACAUUCAUUGGUGAAGUUUAAAAAUAACGUGUGUCCAUCUGGUAACUUAAACAAUUUGACGUCAUACACACAAAAGUUUUUAUGUAAGUUAACUGUCGGGGUACUCUGUGGUGCAUUAAGAAAAUCAGUUAGUGCAGAACUUGUGAUUUGUUCGCAAUCAACAGAAAAAAAUGGAUAUUACAUUUGAGUAGAGUGAGAUUGCCUCAAAAUUAAAACAUUCUUGUACAUGCUCCAAACUUCAUGGGGAUGAUGGAUGGAAUGCCUUGAUGAGAGGCCUUGAAAUAAGUGCAUUUAUAUAAGUGUUGCCAUACAUGUAUAAUGGCCCGAUUCCACUGGGACAUGUUCUACUCUGGGGAAACUUCACUUGACGCAGUGUGUAUUUUGGAACACUGAUUACCCACUUGCAAUGGUGUAUUUGGUAGAAAAGUGGAAGUAUCGUUACGUUUCACCAAAUACCCUCUCGGGCUGAGUGUAGUUUUCUGGAGCCGCUGCAUGUGCCAAACAGGAAAGGCCCUUGUCAAAUCAGCCUUAAAAUUUGUGUUUCCUCUUCACUAAAACUUUGAUCUUUUGAGAAGGAAUUUUGUAAAUCAGGUCAAGAGUUAUUUCAGUGUUGUGUUUUAAAAUCAAUAUCCCUUUAGAUAAAUUCAGUUUUUGUUUCAACAGUUUCUAUGCUAACUUCGUACAUGUAGUAUUACAUACAUGUAGUUUUACAAAAUGAUCAGUUUUUGAAAUGAUUGCAAGCAUCAAAUUGACGUGGCCCAGUUUUACUAGAUCUUCUUGUUUUCUUGUUAAGUGACUCCUUGUAGAUUUAAUAUUCAGUAUGAUCGAUUUUGAAAACGGAGUAUUCUUUCCAAUAAUUUGAAAACUAUUGAGAUCUGAAGUGAAUUGAUGAUUGUGUGUCAAAACUAACCCUAAGAUUUUCACAAUUGGAUGAAUAUACUCAAGAAUUUGCAAAUUUGUCUAGGUGGUCGGUUGACUGAUUUUUCCAAAUUCUUUUUUUUCUUCUUGAAAAUAGGGAUUAUGGUAGCUGGGGGGUCAAAUCAGUGGUCUUCACUCACAUGUGCCGUUAGGGAACGGGGUCAUGUUUGCUUGGGCAAUCUAUAUUCCCCCUACUACCAUAAAUAGUUUUCAUGUUCUGAGAGAAUCAGCUUCGUAUAACUUAAUCUGACAUACUUGGCUCCAAUGAGUUGGCACCUGCCUAUACUACUUUUGAUAAGCAUCAAGUAUUUUGCUGUAUCCAAGUUAUUUUUACUAUGUAUGUACAGUAUCCAUAUUGCUGCAGAAGAGGCUGUGUGGUGCUGCUAGCCCUCAAUGAACCUGUUUUGCAGCGUCACCUGAGAGUAUGUUUAUGUAUCAAUGAUGAAAUCACAAGGUUUCUGUCCUGCAGGGAUACAUCUGUAUGGGUACACCAACUGUGUGUCAUCCUGGGCAAAUCAGGGGUUAAUGUUUCCUUAUACGGCCCUUCACACAAACAUUUCCCCUCAUUAGCUGAAGUUCAGGUGCACAAUAUCUUUCCGUCAACAAGCAACUGGUAGGCCUAGCGACAAAAACCUUUUUAUUUAUCCUUUGUGAAGAAUUUGAGCAAUUUUUGUAAACCCUGUCUGGUUUGCGCUGCCCAAGGUAAGCUUAAGUGUGUCCCGGAAAAUAUGUUACCUUGUAAAAAUAAUUUGAAAUAAAAAGAAUAAAUAUGA